AAGCUGAAGGACGAAGUGGAUUUAGCGAUAUUGCAGAAAACGUAAGAGUGUGUGUUGGUGUGAGGGAUGAAUGAUCGAUGUCCCAUCAGGAGCAAGCCUUAGUGUCCCUUCUCUCCCAAAUCGCCCUUUCCUUCGACGGCGCCGUUUUGGGCUUCGCCUUGGCCUACGCCGCUAUUCGCACCCUCUUCAAAUUCUCCGCCACCUCUGCCGCCCUCCGCAAGCUCCGCCGCGCACCUUCCUUAUCUGUAUCCGACCUCCGAUCACUCCUCGCCGAUACUCCCUCUGAUGCUGACUCGACCUCUGACGGUGGUACAAUCGUAAUUGUUCGCGGCACCGUUAAUGCCAAGUCUGCCGUCGACGGUUCCUGGAAAACUCUCAGACCGGGCGUCUUGGUCUCUCGAGAGUCCGGUGACAAAGGCGUCAUCCUUCAAAGAACUCAAACGUGUAUAUACAAUGAAUGGAAAGGAUUAUUUGGAUGGACUUCUGAUCUUCGGGCCUUAUUUGCAAGAUCUUGGAGACAGCAAGAGUCUACAUCUUUAAGGAAGGUAAUGGGUGCAUAACUUUGUUACAUAUUGAGGUUCAUAAUGUAUAAAGAGAAUUCUGGUAUGAUAUGGUCAAUUGAUUUGUAUUUCAUGAGGUUAAAUCAUAUAUAAUUGAGUAGGUUUGACAAUAACUCUCUAGCUUAUGUGGUAAAUAUAUCCUAGUAGAUUAUUUUAUAUCCAUAAUCAAUUAGUGGUUUUAUUUUAUUUUUUUAAUAAUAUAUAGUACAAUCUCUUGCUGCAAAACGAUUGUGCACCAUGUAGAUGCUUCAGUUGAUCUUG